AUGAGUGAUUAUAGCAAGCAAAAGGUGUAUCUCACAGAUAUAAAUAGGGAGCCAAACACCGGAGGUAGGAAGCAAGCCAGGAUAGAACUACGUUUACUGAAGGAAGCAUGUUCUCUCAAGAUUGAGCCAGACGUACUGCCAAAAGAGGAAAACGUAGCACCAGACACCAAUCUGUUUUGUGUGACUGCAUAUUGCACUGCAGAUAACUAUGAUCUCAAGAACUUGUACAAGUAUCUGAAAAAGAACUCACUUUGCAGUAAGGUUUCGAUGUAUUUUGGAGAAUGCCUGUACACAAGAAUGAGCUUUGGGGGAGAGGGAGAUGAAGGGUUAGAUUGCUUUUUCUAUGAGUAUGGGGUGGUGGUCUGCUGGGGAAUGGAUGCAAAUCAGGAGUCGAUGAUAGUUAAGCUUGUGUCCAAGCAUGAGGAGAAUCCAUAUGAGGCAUCAGACAUUGAGGUUGAGUCAUUCAAGUAUGGAAUAACUGAAAAUCCAUUUAUUAUGAACGACAUAAUAUACCUGAACUCUGAGAAUCAUUUUAGUAAGAUGGUGGUUUCUAUUGCAAUUGCACAGAGUGUGAAGCUUGAUUACUUUGAGAAUCUUGUUGACAACACAAUUGAAGAUGUCAAAGAGUUUCCUGAAGAGAUGGAGCGUGAAGGUAAGGUCAGUAAGAACAGAAGAGAGAUACUAAAGAUGAUUGGUAAACUACAUCGACUGAGGUUUAAUCUGAAUCUUGGAUCAAACAUUCUUGAUGAGCCUGAGUUUGUGUGGGACUAUCCGGCUUUUUCUCCGUUGUAUGAGACAUGUAAGAGGUAUCUUGACAUCAAGCAUAGAGCAGAUCUAUUAAACAGAAGAUGCGAUGUGAUAAAUGGAAUUCUGGAGAUUCUGAGUGAAAACACAAACAGAAGCAAUGUAGAGAAGUUUGAGGUUGUUCUCAUCAUGAUAGUUCUUGGCAAUGUGCUGUUGAUUAUAUUGCUAAUGGCAUUGAUGUAUUAUAUCAGAUUGAAAUGGUGA